AUGCACGAUCUCUCUGAGGAAGAUCGAGGUCUAUCAAACAUGUCCUCAACAGCUGGCCAAAAUGAAAUUGUUUGGACACAGUAUAGAAUGAUGAAGAACAAAGCUUUGCCAUUAGUUGAGGGGCUGUGGAAAAACUUGCAACCAUCUGAGUUUGUGGGAGAUUCUCAAUGUGUUUCCACCCUGAGAGACAAGGACGAUAAUCAUUGGACAGUGACAAACUGCAGAAAGAAGCUCCCAUUCAUUUGCAAGGUUUUGGGAGCCCCUAAAUCUCCAGAUUCAAUGUAUUGUGGAAAUGGGGGUUACAUAAACCAGAAGUGGCAAUGUGAUGGACAGAAUGACUGUGGAGAUAUGUCUGAUGAAGUGAAUUGCAGUUCUAGCUGCACAGAAUUAAAGAUUGUUCAAAAGGGUGGCUCUGGUACAAUAACCAUGGUUAACGGUAGUCAGCAAUCGCCAACAUAUAAAAAUGAUGCUUUCUGUACCUGGACACUAAAGGCUCCAAUAGGUGUCAGGAUAAAGGUUACAACUUUACGGACAUUUUUGGACAUGUCACAGCCCAAAACGCUCAGACAUUCAGAAAACUGCUGUUUAGAGGAGUUCGGUAAUUGA